AUGCGUCUGGUAUCGCGUGCCGCAUUGCUUGCAAGCUUCCUUUGCAACCCGCUCGUCUGUUGUCAGAACAUUGUCAGUCUCGUCGGCAGCAACUGGACUCUAAGCAACGAUAACCUCAGUAUCUCAGUGCCAGCGGAGCUUCCGAGCUAUGCACAACUCGACCUCUUCGCGAACCAGGUCAUAGGUGAUCCACUCUAUGGCUUGAACAACUUCAACCUCCGCUGGAUCCUCUGGCAGAACUGGACUUAUACUACUUCAUCGCCCAUCUCUGGCCUAUCGUCCAAUGCCAGGAGCACAUGGCUGCUGUUCAAUGGGUUGGACACCUUCACAUCCAUCUCAUUUUGUGGACAGCACGUCGCUAGUACCAACAAUCAGUUUCGCCAGUACUGGUUCGACGUGUCAGAUAUUCUGAGCUCUUGUUCAGAAGCAAACAGAACCUUGAGUAUCGAAUUUGGGUCUGCGGCCAAGAUCGCCAACGAGAUUGCCGAUGAACCUGGACAGGAAGUGUGGCCUGAUGAUGUGCAGCAGCUGUACCAGUUCAUCAACAGGUGGUUCGUGAGGAAGGAGCAGAGUGAUUUCGGUUGGGAUUGGGGCCCUGCAUUUGUGCCUGCUGGGCCUUGGCAACCAGCCUGGGUUGUACAGCUAGGUGCGAGCGAGGUUCAAGUGAGGAACAGCUUGGUGGAUAUCUACCGACAAGAGCAAUUGAACAACCUUCCACCUGACCAGAGCAAGCCUUGGGUUGUUAAUGCCAGCCUCGACUAUUUCGGAGAAUUGUCUGCUGGGGCAGUCUUGCAAUACAAGCUCACGACCCUUGACAACAAGACUACCGUUGCGAACGGCGAACUUGCCGAUAUCAGUGUAACAAACUCUACCGUCACAGGCAACACUGUCAUUCCGAGCGAUGCCGUGGAACUUUGGUGGCCCGUUGGCAUGGGAGAGCAGUGCCUUUACUACCUAAUAUUGGAACUAGUCUCUGCUGCAAAUCAGUCUCUGGCGACAGUGACCAAACGCAUCGGAUUCCGCACGAUUGCUCUAAACGGCAAUCCAGUCUCGGAAGACGAGAUCGCACUUGGCAUAGCACCAGGCAACAAUUGGCAUUUCGAGAUCAAUGGACAGCCGUUCUACUCAAAAGGUUCCAACUUUAUCCCUCCUGAUGCUUUCUGGACCCGAGUGACGCCUGAACGCAUCAGCAAGCUCUUCGAUACCGCCAUUGCUGGCAACCAGAAUAUGCUCAGAGUGUGGUCGAGCGGCGCAUAUAGCCCAGACUUCAUGUACGACUUGGCAGACGAGAAGGGCCUCCUGCUCUGGUCCGAGUUCGAGUUUGGGUGCGCUCUCUAUCCGGUCUAUCCGGAGUUCUUGGCCAACGUUCGAGAGGAAGCUGCGUAUCAGGUUAGACGCAUCAACCACCACCCAAGUCUGACACUGUGGGCUGGCGGCAACGAGCUCGAGAAUUUGGAACUUCCGUUGGCGAACGACUCGGCUCCGGAAGAAUAUCCACGCUUGCAGGCGGAGUAUGAGACACUGUUCCUCGACACCAUACUUCCUGCCGUCUUUGGAAAUAGUAGAAGCAUAAGCUACCAACCUAGUUCGACGAGCAACGGCUGGCUGAGCCUGAACCACAGUGCACCGAGACCGAUGAUCCAGCGAUACAACAACAAGACUGAAGGCAGCGUGUACGGCGAAUCAGAUUAUUACAACUACAACCCAUCGUUUCUGGGGAACACGAGCAGCUACCCAGUCGCACGCUUUUCAAACGAGUUCGGCUUUCACUCCAUGCCUUCACUGCAGUCAUGGCAACAGCAGAUCUCAGAAAAGGACCUCCAAUUCAAUUCCACUACGAUUCUGCUGAGGAAUCAGCACAAUCCUCCAGGGAAUCUAGACACAACCAACCUCACCAACUCAAAGGUCGGCCAGUACCAGAUGACAAACGCAAUAACGACGUGGCUCCCAGUCCCCAACAAGACGGACUCAGUCGCCAAUUUUACGGCAUGGUGCCAUGCUACACAAAUCUUCCAAGCAGAAUUCCACACCUCCCAGGUCGAGUUCUACAGACGUGGUUCAGGCUUGCCAAACAGGAACCUCGGAUCACUCUACUGGCAAUUGGAAGACAUUUGGGUGGCACCAUCCUGGGCUGGCGUGGAGUAUGAUGGCAGGUGGAAGAUGCUGCAUUAUGCAGCCAAAGAUCGAUACGAACCCGUCAUCAUCGCAUCCUACUAUAACAUUACCACAGGCAAUCUUACCGCAUGGGUAACCAGCGAUCUAUGGGAACCGGCAAGCGGAACAGCGACUUUCACAUGGUAUGACUGGAGCGGUAACAAGUUGGACAUCACCGCCAACUCAACCGUCCAAUUCGACGUCGGUGCCCUCAACAGUACGCAAGUCCUCGAGACUUUCACUACCGACAUCCUGCAAAACCACGACGUCAACAACGCCAUCUUACGCAUGCAAGUCGAGGCCCAAGGCAAACUGCCCAAUUCCAACACUACAAGAACUUUCAAACACGAGAACUGGUUCACGCCGCAAGGGCUGGGUAGUGCGAAGCUCGUCGAUCCUGGUCUCAAGCUGAGUCAUUCCGAGGAGUCGAAGAAUUUCACAGUUACGGCUACGAAGGGUCUUGCGGCUUGGGUCUGGCUUGAUUAUCCGGCUGGCGCGGUGCUGCAUUUUGAUAGUAAUGGGUUCUGGCUGGCGAAGGAUGAGACGAGACAGAUUAGUUAUACUGUGGAGAGUGAUAUGACUGGGGGGAGGUGGGUUGAGGGGGUAACGGUGCAGAGUAUUUGGAAUCAGACGUUGUCGGUUUGA